AUGUUAAUUUUUCAAUCUGGAAGUAUACUGGAGAAAUUUUUCCGAUUAAACAUCAAAUGUAUUCGGUACCUCUCACCAUCGACAAGAUCAUCAUCUUCGUCAUCUCCAGUAAAUUUCCCAGAGUUAGAUAAGAAAUGGAUUGAAAAGUGGAAGUCCAUGUCACAAGAUGGAAAGACUUUACAUCCAACAAAACAUACGAUUGACGUCGAAAAGGCGGAAACUUUCUACAGCUUGUCGAUGUUCCCAUACCCGUCUGGAAUACUUCAUAUGGGACAUCUUCGUGUGUACUCUGUAAGUGAUGUAAUAGCCAGAUUUAAAAGACUUCAAGGAUUCAAUGUAAUUCAUCCCAUGGGAUGGGAUGCUUUCGGUUUACCAGCUGAAAACGCUGCUGUAGAGCGUGGUAUUGACCCUUCUAUAUGGACGACGUCCAACAUUGCAAAGAUGAAAGAACAAAUGGAAUUAAUGUUGGCUGAUUUUGAUUGGGAAAGAGAGGUAACAACGUGCUCUCCCGAUUACUACAAGUGGACUCAAAAGAUCUUUUUACUAUUGCAUGAGCACGGAUUGGCAUAUCGUAAAACGGCAGAAAUUAACUGGGAUCCUGUAGAUCAGACUGUUCUUGCCAAUGAGCAAGUUGACUCUGAAGGAAGGUCCUGGAGAUCUGGUGCCAUCGUAGAGAAGAGAAAUUUGGAACAGUGGUUUAUUGGGAUUACCAAAUUUGCCAAAGAUUUAAAUAAAGACUUAAAUGUACUACAAGAUUGGCCAGAGAAAGUUAAAUUGAUGCAAAGUCAUUGGAUUGGGGAAUCUCAUGGUGCUGAAAUUAAGUUUCCCAUUAUAAAUCAAGGAAGUGAAAAUAAUUCCAUAACUGUCUUCACUUCAAGACCUGAUACUUUGUUUAGUGUACAAUUUUUGGCCCUAGCAAUUGAUCAUCCAAUCAUUCAAAAAGCCUCUGAAACAGAUCCAGAGUUGAGAGAGUUCAUCUUGCUUCAAGAAGAGAAAGAAAGGGAAAAUGGCAGUUUUGACAGUUCUAAAGAUGGUUAUAAGUUGCUUGAUACUGAAGUUAAAAUUCCGAUAGAUGUUAAUGGUCAAUUAAAUUCUGAGGAAAACACUCGUACGAUUCCAGUAUAUGCUGCUCCGUUUGUGCUUGGAUCUUAUGGCCAUGGUGCUGUUAUGGGAUGCCCCGGACACGAUCAGCGUGAUUAUGACUUUUGGAAUUUCAAUUCUCCCGAAGAACCAAUUGUAGUCACUUGCGGUCCAAAAAAGAAGUCGAAGGAUAGUAUUAAGUUACCUUUUACUGAUAAAAAGGGUGUACUUUAUGACAGUAGCAUCAUCCAAGGCAAUAUAUCAAGUUUAGGGAAGUACAAUAAAUUAGCUACGAGUCAAGCAGGAGUAGAUAUUACCAAGGACUUGGAGGUGGCUGGCUUAGGCUCUAAAUCAACACAGUAUCGUAUUCGUGAUUGGCUAAUUAGUAGACAACGUUAUUGGGGAGCACCUAUCCCCUUCAUUCAUUGCGAAAGCUGUGGACCAGUUCCAGUUCCGGAGGCAGAUCUUCCUGUUUUGCUUCCUGAAUUGAAUUCUGACAAUGUAUCUAAAACAUUUGGAAAAGGUAACCCAUUGAAAAAUUUAGAUUCAUUUGUUAACACCAAAUGUCCUUCAUGUGGGUCAGAGCAUGCAAAGAGAGAUACUGACACCAUGGAUACCUUCAUGGACUCAUCAUGGUAUUUCUUUCGUUAUGUUGAUGCACAGAACAAAGAUCUCCCAUUUUCGUUCGAAAAGGCAACUAAGAAUAUGCCAAUUGAUAUGUACCUUGGAGGAGUUGAGCAUGCAAUCUUGCAUCUUUUGUAUUCGAGAUUCAUUUCUAAGUUUCUUGGAUCCAUUGGAAUGUGGGAUGGUUCACAUUUCGCAAAUGAGCCCAUCAGAAAGUUAGUUACUCAAGGAAUGGUUCAUGGAAAAACUUAUAGAGAUCCAAAAACUGGAAGGUGCCUUAAACCAGAUGAAGUUUCAAGUGUGGAAGAUCCUUUAAUUUCUUACGAAAAAAUGUCUAAAUCUAAGUACAAUGGUGCUGAUCCAGGAGACUGUAUUGCCAAAUAUGGUGCUGAUGCAACGAGGGCACAUAUGCUUUUCCUGGCUCCAUUGCAUGACGUUCUAGUUUGGAAUGAAGAACAAAUAGCUGGUGUUGAUCGUUGGUUGAGAAAAGUAUUUCAAUUAAAUCAUGCCAUUAAGGAGAAUCCAAUGGUUGAAAAAAUUAAUAAUGAAGGCACAGUGUACAAUAAUAUUGCAUUAAAUGGAAAACUGUAUGAAUCAAUAACUUUCAAUGAUACUGAAUUUCAACUUUUCGAUGCAAUUCAGAAGACCAUCGUUUCAGUAACUAGAUCCAUUGAAAAGGAUCUUUCUUUCAAUACUAUCAUUUCAGAUUACAUGAAAUUGACAAACAAUAUUAUAUCAAGCCUAAAGUCGAAUAAUUAUGUUAACCCCAAUUUGGUCAUAGAUGCAUACAAGAAUUUGUUAAUCAUCAUUUCUCCUGUCACACCUUGUACAGCCGAUGAGUGUUGGGAACAAUUACAUAUGCCAACACAAAAGGGCACCAUAUUUUCCGAAAAAUGGCCUACACCUCAAGUAGUCGAAUCUCCAUAUAUAAACUACAAUGUUUUCGUGAAUGGUAAACAUAGAUUCGUACAUAAAGGUUUGAAAAGCUUAAUUUCUGAGAGUAAUGAUUCGAUUUUGAAGGAGUUAUACACACAUGAGAAGGCUUCAAAGUUCAUUGUUGGAGAUAUCAAAAAGCUCAUCGUAAAGCCUGGUACAUUAAGUUUAAUUUGUAAAUAA